AUGACUUUGAAACUAUUUAUUAGUGUCUCCAGUGAUUUUAUGAUAUUAGCGUUUAAUUUCUUAAGGAAACAUAUUGUUGUUAUCCCUCAAGAUUCCACGAUAUUUUCCGGAACAAUUCGAUCAAAUAUUGAUCCAUUGUGCGAAUUUAAAGAGAAGGACCUCUGGAACGCUUUACAAACAGUCGCUAUCAACGAUUCAAUCACAACCUUGGAACAACCAACGAACAGUAACUUACUAACUUUCAGUUCUGGCCAAAAGCAGCUUCUCUGCUUGGCCAGAGCUUUGCUCCGCAAGAACAGGAUUGUAGUCAUGGAUGAAGCCACUGCCAACAUGGACCACGAAACUGAUAAACUUUUACAUAAAAUUAUUCAGGAAAACUUUUUUGACUGCACAAUAUUAACCAUAGCUCAUAGGUUGCAUUCUGUACUUGGAUGUGAUAAAGUGAUGGUGUUGGAUAGAGGGGAGAUAAAAGAGUUUGGAGAACCUACGCGGCUGCUCGAAAAUAAAGAAGGGAUUUUUUAUAAUAUGGUACAGCAAAAUAAACUAAAUGACGUUUUAGUUGAGUAG